GCCUCAAUUCCCACCCCUCUCCUCGCCUUGGUCGAGUGUUUCUCUCCAACUUCAUCUCUGAUGGCUUCGUCUAGAUCAUCUUCUGCCAUGAUGCUCCUCUUAUUCGCCAUCUUCACCCUGUCGUCCGCCUUGGACAUGUCGAUCAUCUCCUACGACACAGCUCAUGCCGACGGCUCAAACUGGAGGACUGAUGAGGAGGUCAUGAACAUGUACGAGCACUGGCUUUUGAAACACGGCAAGGUCUACAACGGUUUGGGGGAGAAGGAGAAGAGGUUUCAGAUCUUCAAGGACAACCUCAGGUUCAUCGAUGAGCGCAACGCCGAGAAUCGGACCUACAAGCUGGGGUUGAAUCGGUUCGCCGAUCUGACCAACGACGAGUACCGGGCCAAGUAUCUUGGAACCAGGAUUGAUCCCAAGAGGAGAAUAGCCAAGACCAGGAGCAACCGUUACGCUCCACGUGUCGGUGACAAUUUACCGGAUUCUGUUGAUUGGAGGAAGAAAGGCGCCGUGGUCGAGGUCAAAGACCAAGGAAGUUGCGGGAGCUGCUGGGCUUUUUCAACUGUCUCUGCAGUGGAAGGAAUUAAUAAGAUAGUGACUGGCGAUUUAAUUUCACUAUCAGAGCAAGAGCUGGUAGACUGCGAUACUUCUUAUAACGAAGGAUGCAAUGGCGGACUCAUGGACUACGGUUUUGAGUUCAUCAUCAACAACGGUGGCAUUGACACCGAAGAUGAUUACCCCUAUCGCGCUGUUGAUGGUAGAUGUGACACAUACAGGAAAAAUGCUAAAGUCGUCUCAAUUGAUAGCUAUGAGGACGUUCCUGCCAAUGACGAGAGGGCAUUGAAAAAGGCUGUUGCAAAUCAGCCAGUAAGCGUUGCCAUUGAAGGUGGUGGCAGGGAAUUCCAGUUAUAUGUAUCCGGCAUCUUCACGGGAGCAUGUGGAACAGCAUUAGAUCAUGGUGUCACAGCUGUGGGAUAUGGUACUGAAAAUGGAGUUGACUAUUGGAUAGUGAGAAACUCAUGGGGCAAGGCCUGGGGGGAAGACGGGUAUGUGAGAUUGGAACGUAAUUUGGCUGCAAGCUACACUGGAAAAUGUGGAAUUGCAAUGGAGUCGUCUUACCCAAUCAAGAAAAGCCCAAAUCCCCCAAACCCAGGACCAUCACCGCCUUCACCUGUAAAGCCUCCAACUGUUUGCGAUAGUUACUACAGUUGUGCUGAAAGCACUACUUGCUGCUGCGUGUACGAAUAUGGCAGGUAUUGCUUUUCAUGGGGAUGCUGUCCUCUUGAGGCUGCCACCUGCUGUGAUGACCACUCUAGUUGCUGCCCUCACGACUAUCCCAUCUGCAACCUUGAUGAAGGCACAUGUCUCAUGAGCAAGGACAGUCCAUUUGGAGUGAAGGCUAUGAAGCGAACUCCAGCUAAACGCUCCUGGGCUUUUGGAGCUAAUAACAAAGUAAGCAGUGCUUAAGUGAAUGGUGUGAAUAUUGAAGCAGUGGAUGACGAAGCCGACGGAGGACAAAGGAGAAUGAUAGUAUGCUUGAUACUCCUUUCGUCAUGCCGCAUGCCCAUAAAUAUACUGAUAGCUGCUUAUAAGAUUUAAUCAGAUAAGUAGUCUCUAAACUUUAAAGUCUAGUAUUCGCUGUGUACAUAUGGAUGUAUUUAUAUAUUCAAGCCGUGAAGGCAGGAACAUGUUGAUUAUUGCUAGUGUCCAGCUUCUGUAGAUUGAUUCUGUGAUCAUUUGACAAUGCUACAAUGGUUGAAUGAAUUUCAUUAUUCA